AUGUCCAAAACCACUAUUGCUAUCGUUGCCGCGACGUCUGCAUUCGCAGGCGCGUCGAUCACGGCCCUCCUGUUCCCCAAAUCACGGAAAGAUGAAUCCAUACCAACUCCUCUUCCAACCCCGGUGCCGGCCCCUACCCCAGUGGCAGUAUCGACGCAGCCUCCAGCAUCCGCCAUCGUCUCCCCUGUUGACCCUUCUGGCAUACUGCGGUAUGGCUCCCCAGGCCCUAUUGCGGACAUGUUGAUCACUCCCUCCCACCUCUCUUCGUUCAACCGCAUAACUCGAAAUCCUCAUUGGGUAGCCGAACAUUUCACGGCGCAAUCACUACUCCUGAACAAUGGCUCUCGCCGGCAUAGUGUAUUUUACGAAGACUUAUCAAUACCUCCGAUGUUUCGAGCAAAGUUGGCCGACUAUGCACGAAGCGGAUACGAUCGAGGCCACCAAGUGCCGGCAGCAGAUGCAAAAUGGUCACAAGCCGCCAUGGAUUCCACCUUUAUUUUGAGUAAUAUGUGCCCGCAAGUCGGCGAAGGUUUCAAUCGGGAUUAUUGGGCUCAUUUUGAGGAAUUCUGUCGAGACUUGGUGAAGAAGUACCCCAGCGUCAGGGUCGUGACUGGCCCGUUGUAUCUACCAAAGAGAGACGAAAGAGAUGGCAAAUGGAGGGUGUCUUAUGAAGUCAUUGGUAACCCACCGAAUGUGGCCGUGCCCACCCAUUUCUACAAAAUCAUUUUUGCAGAAGAGGCUGCUCACAGUCCAACGGCGUCCGUAGCACUUGGAGCAUUCGUGCUGCCAAAUGCUGAGAUACCCAAUCAGAAGAGCCUGAGUGAUUUCGAGGUACCCGUCGAGGCUGUCGAAAGAGCCAGUGGGUUGGUGUUUGGAGAUAAACUACCAGCCGACCGAAAAAAACGACUUUGCCGGGAAGUGAGAUGUGAGAUCAUCAUCCGAGAAUUCGACAAGAGUCGGCAGCAGGCAGGCAAACAAGAUUGGUCAAGAACCUCCUCCCCCCCUGCGGGAGCCCUCCAAAUUGCGCAGCCUGGAGGGAGAUAG